CCCAUUCGAAUACCAACAUUUUAUUUUCAUCAAUAUGAAGAAGUUUUUAAAAAAUAUAAAACUUCUUUAGAAAAUAUAAAAGAAUUUGCAAAAGAGAUAGCGAACAUUGAAAAAAAUUAUCAUUUCUUUUAUCCUUAUAGGCAUGUAAAAGAAAAAUAUGAAAGAUUGAUAAAAGAACAUGAAAAUUGUGAAAAAAAAUUAAAUCCAAUCUUGAUCAAAGUUAUAAUGAACAAACAAGAAAGUCAAUAUGAAGAUUUUAAAAAAAUCAACGAGAUUUUAAAAACUAUUCCUACUGAUGAUAAAAAUGACGCAAUAUCCAAAAUUGAAACGAUUGUCGAAGAUUUACUUAAAAGUUCUUCUAUAGAUGUCGUCACUAUUCCACGAAUCGAUUCUUCUUUAUUACUUGAUCCUCCUCUUACAGACGAUGUAGAUCAAGCUUGUGAACUAUUCAGGGGUCCAUGUAGUUAUUUAGAUGAUGAUGCUCCAAUGAGAAAUAUCGUAAGAAAGGUUUUUAAACGUGGUGUGGAAGUGGUUUGUGAACCUCUUUAUCAUUUCGAAAAGAAUAAAUCAAUUUUAUCAGAAUUAAAAAGAUGCGGUGACAGUCGAAAUAUUCUUAAAUUUUAUGGACUUUCUAAUGUUAAUGAAAAUGAAAUGUUGGUAUUCGAAUGGGCUGGAUUAGGUAGUUUAAGGAAUGUUUACCAAAGGAAAAAAAUCUCGUGGGAUCUAAAAGUUAAAAUUGCACGUGACAUUUGUCAAGGCUUGAUAUUUUUAAGUCAUGUUGACAUUUUUCAUCGUGAUCUUCGGUGUGAAAAUAUAGCAAUGACUUACUAUAUGGAACCAAAGAUCACCAAUUUUUAUCUUGCAAAACAUGCUUCGGAAAUAGGCCUUAGUAAUGAUCAUAUAUCGGAAUAUAUAUCGAGUAUUAUUAAUUGGGCCGCUCCUGAAAUGAUGCAAGAGAACCAUUUAUAUACACGAGAAUGUGAAGUUUUCAGUUUCGUAAUGCUUUUAUGGGAGAUGGCUUUUCAAAGAAUGCCUUAUAAAGACAAGAGUGAAGAGGAAAUUAGGACUCUUGUUACUCAGAAUCGUAGAGAAUCUCCUGAUCCACCUUUUUAUUCCUUGGAUUUCCUUAAUAUUCAAAGGAAAUACUUGAGAGUAAUUGCAGAAGGAUGGAAUGGUAAACCAGAAAAGAGAAUCAAGAUGGACGAUAUUCUACUAAAAUUUUUAGAUAUCGAAACUGAACUUACUAAGCCCAAGAGAAAUAAUUCCUCAUGUUCUGCUAAUUCAUCUGAUCAACUCGAUCAACUCACAAGUCCAAAUAGCCGCGUUAGAACUUAUUCAUCUCCACCUAAUCCUAAUCAACGUUAUAAAAAAUAUAAUAUGAAUCUUCAUAAUUCUAAUCGAAGUAUUCUAUCAAGACGACGUGAAGGAGAUCAUCACCAACCUGUACUUACAGAUGCUGCUUUGGCUCAAUCUCCUACCAGUUUUUGUUUUCCUGACAGUGCUGAUGAACAACCAUAUUUUAAUACUCAAACUCCAAGAUCUGCCUCAUUCGCUUCAAAUAUGUCUUGUAUUUCUUCAACUUCUGAUGAUUUAUUUGAAACUGCUCAUAGUACUUUAAAUAUUUCUUAUCAAGUUAAUGAUCCUUCAACUACUAUUUCGAAUCAUAAAGUUACUUCUCCUCCUCCUAUGACUUCAAUCGAUGAAUCUGAUGAAAUUUCGAAUUCUACUGUUAUGGAUAAUUCGAUUGAUAAUGUAAAGGAAAUUAGUCAUUUAAAAUCGUCAAACGCAAGUACUCAAUCAAUUGCGUUAGAAUCAUCAAGUAAAGACGACGUUCCUAAGUCAUUGGUUAAGGACGAUAUCUCGAAACCAUAUGAUAUCUCGAAACCAUUAAAUGAUGAUGAUAUCUCGAAACCAUAUGAUAUCUCGCAACCAUUAAAUGAUGAUGAUAUCUCGAAACCAUUAAAUGAUGAUGAUAACUCGAAACUAUUGAGUGAAGAUGAUGGCACGAAACCAUUAGAUGAAGAUGAUAAAGAAUCAGAUAAUGAUGAACCAUCGGAAGCUGAAGCCGAAGAUGAAAGAGUUAAACCAUCUGUGAAACCAAAAGCUCCAUCUGUUAAUAUACCAAGUUCGAUUAAUAAAAAUUUAGGUUAUGCUUCAAUUAUUAAAUCUCAAAAUUUUCAAUAUUCUACUACUUUCCCAUGUGCUACUCCAAAACCAAAAAUGAGAAUUUUAGAUACAAAAUUUCAAGCAAAAUUAAUCGUUUCUUCAAAAUCCAAGGAUUCCUUUUUAUUAGAAAAUAAUAUCGAUUCACUUGCUAUUGAUGUGAAUCAUCUCGAUUGGGUAUCUAAUGCGGAUCCUUUAAUCAGCAAAUCACAAGCUAACGAUAUUUAUUUGGAAUUAAAAUGUAUAAGAGCUGAAAUCAUUUUCGAGAAAGGUUCCAUGAAACCUAAUGAAAUCUUAAUCGGUGCUAUUGAUCGUGCUUUAGAUCAAAAAAAUCCUUAUCGUGAAUUGUUAAAAGUAUUCGAACAAUUUGGUCAUUUCUUACCUAAAAAACUUAUACUUGGUGAUAAAUUAAAUUCAAUGACGAAAAAUUCUUCAACACAAAAAUCUUCUGAUUCAAAGAUUAAUAUUAAUAAAGAAAUUAAGACCAUCGAUGAUUUUUCAAAAAAGACUGGUGAUUACAAUGAUAUUCUUAAACAAUGGGGAAAACUCUCAAAAUCUUCCAACACUGAUUCGUUAUCAUUAACUUCAAUUAAUGGUAAAUCGGUUAAAGGAAGUGGUAUUAAAGAUUGGGCAAUUGCUAGUUUGAAAAGUGGACCUGACUCUUGGAAUAUUAUCGGUUGGGAAGGUUUAUAUCCAAUAUAUGAAAUUUUGGAUGAAGAUAUGAGUCAAGAUGUUAAAUUAUUCCUUGGAAAUGAUGAACAAACGAUUCAAACCAAAAUUAAAGAAAAAAUUCUUAGAUCAGGUUCAAUACCAAUUGAAGGUUCAGAUUGUAAAUUCCCUGUAAAAUUCGAUUCUCCUUUAGAAUCAAAAAAUUAUCAAAUUUUCGGUAGAAUUAUGACUCAAAAUGGUUCUCCAUUGAAUAAUGCUAAUGUUAAAUUUGUAUCAAAAGAAAAAACUGGAUUUUUAGCGAUAAUUGAUAUCUUUUCUGCAGGGGAACCGCCAAAUAAUUUACAAAUAGUUUGGGUAUUAAUAGGAAUACCAGCUGAAAUUGGUAUUUAUGAUGCGAAUACACGAAACAUCUCCAUUUUGAGCGCGGGUAAAUGUCCGUUUACUCCAAAAACCAAGGAUACAGGAGUAGAGAGUUGUGAUGUUCAAUUAAAAACUCUCGACGUUUUACAACCAAACGCAGUUCUCAUUACUUCAUUUAAAUAUCCUAAAUUAAGUUACAAACAAUAUUACAUGGCAAAAGUUAAAGAAACACCGGAACUUCAUUGGUACGCUAUAUUAUUGGAAGAUGAAGAUUUAGGUGAAUUAGGUCAAAGUGUUCAUACAAAUCAUUUAAGAUCAAGCACCGAGAAUGCCGAUUUAGAUUUAAGUUAUAAGAAACUUGAUAGUGAAACAAGCAAAGUGAUGAUAAAAACUUUAAAAGAAAAUAAAGCUAUUAGUAGUUUAGACAUAAGCGAUAAUAAUAUUAGUUUGGCAUUAGGAAAAGCUCUCAUGAAGGUUUUAGAAACCAAUAAUACUCUCACCUCCUUAAAUCUAAGAUCGACUUAUUUGGAGUCCGAAGUAUUAAAUCAUUUGAUGAAAAUUUUAAAAUCAAAUAAAACUCGACUUGCCGAUUUGAAUUUAAGCAAAAACGGUGAUAAAGUUGGUAAAAAAGGAAGACUUAUAAUAGAAACUUUGGCAAAAAAUACAACGCUUAGAACCUUAAACUUGAGUGAUAAUCCUAUUGAUUGGAGCGAUGUAAGAUUUAUUGGUUUAGAAAGUAACAGAACACUUGAAAAUUUAGAUUUAAGUAAUAGUGGUAUUACUCAUAUUGCGGUAGAAAAAUUGAAAAAAUAUUUGAUAAGAUCAAAGAAACUUAAAGUAUUAAAUUUAAGUUCCAAUAAUCUUACAUAUCAAUCAGAACGAGUAAUAGCAGAAAUUUUGUCAACAAAUAGAACUCUUAGAUCUUUAAAUUUGGGUUCUAACAAGAUUAGUUCGACGAUAGAUUCUUUGGAAAGAGAUACAAGAACAAGUUUUACGGGUAGAACGAGUAGAUAUUCUUACGACAGGAAUAGUGCUUUAAAAGUCAAUAAUUUGGCAAAAGCAUUGGAAAAGAAUAAGGCUCUUAAAAAACUUGAUUUAAGUUCCAAUUAUAUUCGUCUCGAAGCUGGAAGAAGUAUAGCAAAAGCUUUAUCUAUUAAUAAAUGUAUUAGUGAAUUAAGCUUGAGCGAUAAUGGUAUUGUUUCUGAAUUAAAAGAUCUUUUAAUAAACAUUUUAUCAAAUACCAACAUUACCAGUAUUAAUUUAAAAUCGACAAAGAUUAGUUCUGAUAUGGUAAUAUCCAUAUCGGAAUUAUUAAGAUUGAACAAAACCAAACUUCAUACCUUAAAUUUAAGUCGUAAUGAUGUUAGUAGUGAUGCUAUAAGUAAUUUGAUAGAAUCUUUAGAAGAAAAUACGUCUCUCAGAGUUUUGGAUUUGAGCAAUAUUAACAAAGCUGGACAAAUUGGAAAAGAACUUGAAAGGUCUUUGGAAAAAAAUAAAACUCUCAAAGUUUUAAAUUUAAGUUACAGUAAUGUUCGUUCUCGUGCAGUAAAUGCUUUGGCAAAGGCUUUAGAAACAAAUUACGUACUUUCUGAUCUGGAUCUAAGUAAUAAUAAUGCUUCAAUGGCUUCCUUGAUGAAACCGUUAGAGACGAAUAAGGCACUCACUAGAUUAAAUUUAAGCGAUAUAGAUUUAACUUUACCUGAGAUGGAAAAUUUAGCAAACGCUUUAAAAAUCAACAACACACUUACUCAUCUAUAUCUAAGUAAAAGUAUAGAAGAUCUUGAAAUCGGAAAGGUAUUGUUUGAAGCUGUAGAAGAAAACAAGAAGGUUGAAAG